AUGAGAACCAAUGGAAUGACAAUAUUUUAUAGUAGAUCAUCCAAUGGAAAGCAUGAGAAUGGAGUGGGUUUUUUAGUAAAUGACCAGUUGUUACCUUCUAUAAAGAAAUUUACUCCAGUAAAUGAUCGCAUCUGUCAUAUUCGUAUAGCCGAAAGAGUGUACAAUGGUCUAUCAGGAUACUGUUUAAAAGUUAUAUUAGGAGAUUUUAACUCACAAGUUGGUCGAGAAACGGUAUAUAGACCUACAAUUGGUAGUGAGAGUGUACAUGAUAUGAGUAAUGGAAACGGCACCAGAUUAGUUGAAUUCGCAAUAGCUAACGGCCUCAUAGUGAGCAGUAGUUUCUUCCCCAGGAAGAAUAUAAACAAAUAUACGUGGACCUCACCAAGAGGAAUUUACAAAAGUCAAGUAGAUCACGUCUUGGUUGAUAAAGUACAUAUAUUAUGUAUUAAGGAUGUAAGGUCUAAAAGAGGAGCCGAUGGUGAUUCUUAUCAUUUCCUAGUACUAGUUAAGCUAGGAAUAAAAGAUGCACUGGAUACCCAUGCAAAUAGACUAGAAGAGCAAUUGGAAGUACAAACUGCGUCGGAAAUAAUUAAGAACUCAGUCCUGAAGGUAGCAAAUAACACGAUAAAGCAACCUUCUAGGUGUAAAGCAAAGCAGUAG